UGCUGAUAACAGCAUAGAGGACGGUGGUUUCAGUCAUUUGUCCUUUUUCGGAGCAGGACUGCAAAGAUGAAGACAAACAGAGCCACCACACUGAGGCUCUUCAGCAGGAUCACAGAGUCCUUGGCACCUUGUUUCCUCCCCUCUGUGAAAUAUUGAGUGAUAUCUUCAAACCACAGAAGUUCCAGAGGUGUUGUCAUCUUCUCCAACAACACAACUGAAAGCGCAUCAAGAGAAACGUCAGCCUGUUUGUCCUGUGUGGUUUCUCUUAUUUUACUAUCUGUCUGUCACAGAUGUUAUCAGCAGAAGAAAACGUGUCAUCGCACAGAUAACAGGAAUCUCCCGCCUCGUCUCUGCGUCUCGUUAUCGGCUGUGAGAUCUGCCGUUAUCUGAUCGGUGGCCGCGAGCAUCAUAAAUACCUGAACCGGGAGCAGUCAGUCGCUCACAGAAGCUGGACACCACACCGCCGACAUGAAGCUGAGCGUCUGCACCCUGCUGAUGGUAUGUUGCAGUGAAUUCUGGGUCGUCUCCUCCUCCUCCAUGACUACAGCGCCUCCUCCACCUCCUCCUGGUUGUGACGCCAUGUUGGCGUUCUCCUCAGAGGUCUCCUCGUCGUCUGAAGGAAACGGGAACAUCCACCGUCGAUCUCUGUCUCCAUGGAGCUGGAGGUCAUCCACGGUGAAGGACCGGAUCCCGGCCACCCUUUGGGAGGCCGAGUGCAGCAGCAGCUUCUGUUCCAGUCCAAACCCCGGACACACGGACGAACACAACCUGAACUCAGUCCCCGUCUACCAGAACGUCCUGGUCCUGACCCGGCAGCCGAAUGGACCCUGCUACACCGCAUCAUACCGAUCUGUGGCUGUUGGCUGUACAUGCGUCUGGGCCAAAACCAACCAAAUCUGAACCACCUGAACCUGGACCUGAACGUGGACCUGAACCUGGACCUGGACCAGCAGCUGGGAGUGGAAACAAAUUUUAGAAAUACUAAUAUUUAAUAUUUGUUGAAUAAAAA